AUUCAUUGUUUUAUAUAUUACAGACGCUUAUGUCCAGACAUAUCAUUUUUUCAACAACCGACAGAUUAUCCUUGCAUACAAAUUGUAGAAAAUACAGAAGUUGAAUCAUUUAGGGAAAGAGUAAAGCAAACUGCAUUAAGUUCUGCAAAUGUUAUUCGCAGUAGAGCUGGAAUUACAAAUAUUUCACUUUCUAAAAAAAGAGCACAUGAUGAAUAUCAGUAUUUGCCUCAAGGCCAAGAAGCACAUUGGGAGGUGGUAGAACGAAUAUUAUUUCUCUAUGCAAAAUUAAAUCCAGGUCAAAGUUAUGUUCAGGGAAUGAAUGAAAUAAUUGGACCAAUUUAUUAUACAUUUGCUUCCGAUCUUAAUCCUGAAUGGAGUAGGUAUGCUGAAGCUGAUUGUUUCUUCUGUUUUACUAACCUUAUGUCUGAAAUUAGAGAUUUUUUCAUUAAAUCUCUAGAUGAGUCUUCUAGUGGAAUUGGUUCAAUGAUGAAUCGACUAAUGAAUAUGUUAAAUCACUAUGAUUAUGAUGUAUGGUUUCGUUUACAAGAAUUAGAAUUAAUGCCGCAAUAUUAUAGUUUCAGAUGGAUAACACUUUUAUUAUCUCAGGAAUUUCCUCUUCCAGGUAUUUUCAGAAAUAUUAGUGCAAAAACAAUUUGGUAAAAACUUUUUUUAUUAAUUUAUAAAUUAAUAUAGACU